GUGGCUUUUAUUUCGAAAUGUAGCCAGAUGACCCCGGAAGUAAAGUUUUCAAAACAAACAUUUGGAACCUGUUUGGAGCUGGUUGGCUGAACACAGCUGGUGAAAAACAGGUAUAACAGGACUCCUGAACAUGGCUGUGGACUGGGUCGGGUUCAUUUAUGCCGCCCUGGUCUCUUCAGGAGGGAUUAUGGGCUAUGUGAAAGCAGGGAGCGUCACCUCUCUGGCCGCAGGGCUGCUGUUUGGGCUCCUGGCUGGAAUCGGUGCUUAUCUGGCAUCUCGAAAUCCCAAGAAUGUCUGGCUCUCACUAGGAACCGCGGGAACGCUGGCUGUUGUGAUGGGAGUGAGAUUCCUGAACUCCUGGAAGUUCAUGCCGGCCGGCUUAAUGGCUUUGGUGAGUGGACUGAUGCUGGGGAAGAUUAUCACUGGAAUGCUAAAGAGACCACAUGAGUCUUGAAAAUGUGUAACAAAGCCAUUUUUUUUUUGUAUAUCAGAAUAUAUUUUGAAUGACAUGACAAAUCUUCACUUUUAGUGCUGAAUGUUCACAAACAUUCCUCCGGUGUUGUUUCCUCUGAUGUUAAAUCUACAUGUAAAAAAUGUAGUAUAAAAAUACAUUCUCACUACAAAUGUUUGGUAAAGCACAAAAUGUAUUUGUUGCAAUAACUUGAUGUUUUGACUCAUUAUGAUGAUUUUUUUUUCUUCUUUUUUUAGUUUUUGUUUGUACAGUGUAUAGGGCUGGGCUUCCCAAAAGUAAGCAUGGGCUAAAAUGAUCUUUGCCCCAUUGUCAUUAUCAAAUCUAUUAUUUUUUCUGUGCCUUUUCAGUGCCUUUAAAAUGUAUAUAUUUAUAUGCAUGUAUGUAAAUGAUGCUUUCAAAUCUGCCUGAGAAAUAAAAGUCUGGAUGAUUAAUUUA